AUGCCGCCCCCCGCGCCCGGCGCCGCCAGAGAGGGGAGCGCUCGCCCGGCCGCCGCUGCGCUGCCGCCAUGGACUGACCGCCCGCCCCGCACGGCCCCGCACCGCCCGCCACGAGCUGACACCAUGAAGCAGCUGAUCCUUUGUACCCUGCUCCUCUUGGCCCGUGGGGAGCUGGCCAGGGCAUGUCCUGCAGGCUGCCAGUGCCAUGACACCAAGACCAUCCUGUGUGCAGCCAGGCGGGGCCAGACGGUGCCCCAGGGGCUGCCCCCCAGCACCCUGUCCCUCUACGUCUUUGAGAACGGCAUCACAACGCUCAGCGAGGACAGCUUUGCAGGGCUGCCUGCCCUCCAGCUCCUGGACCUCUCACAAAACAAGAUCACCAGCAUCCAGAGAAACAUCUUCCAGCCCCUGACGGAGCUCGUCAACUUGGACCUGUCCUCCAACCAGCUGCAGGAGAUCACCAAUGAGACCUUCCAUGGGCUGCGGCUGCUGGAACGGCUCUACCUGCAGACGAACAGGAUCCAGCACAUCCACGCUGCUGCCUUUGACACGCUGGAGAAUCUGCUGGAGCUAAAGCUGCAGCACAACCAGCUCAGGGCUGUGCCCCCCCUCGACCUGCCCAACCUCCUGCUGCUGGACAUCAGCUGGAACAAGAUCCCUGCCAUUGCACCAGGGGCUUUCCAUGCCGUCAGCAUUGAGUCCCUGAAGAUCGCAGGGCUGGGCCUGACGAGCUUAAACGAGGAGCUCUUCCAGGUCCAAAACAACCUCCACGAGCUGGACAUCUCUGACAAUCUGCUGGAGCGCGUCCCAGCCGUGCUGCGGCGCCUGGGCAGCCUCACCAGGCUCAGCCUGGCCGGCAACGCCCGCAUCUCCCAGCUGCCAGCUGAGGACUUCCAGAGCCUCCACAACCUCCAGGAGCUGGACAUCAGCAACCUCAACAUCAACACCAUCCCUCGAGAUUUCUCCAGCUUCUUCCCCAGGCUGCGGGCCGUGACGGCUGCCGGCAACCCCUUCAACUGUAUCUGCCAGAUGAGCUGGCUGGUGCAGUGGGUGAACACCAGCGGCGUGCUCCUGCGGCGCCCUGAGGAGACGCGCUGCCACUUCCCCCCCAAAAACUCGGGCAAGCUCCUCCACCACCUGCAGUACACCGACUUUGGCUGCCCCACCACCACCCCCACGCCCACCACGGCCCACACCACCACGCUGCCGCCGCCCACGCCGCUGCCCAGCACCCACCGCCCGCCGCCGCCGCCCAGCACCGCCGCGCCCACCCCGAGGCCCAGAGAGCCCCAGGGCAGCUCCACGCUGGAGCCCUUCAGCGGCGCCCCGGCCCCCACCAGCCCCCCAGCGCCCAUCUGUCCCCCCCGCACGUGCCUGAACGGCGGCACCUGCCACCUGGGCACCCAGAACCUCCUGGAGUGCCUGUGCCCCGCAGGCUUCGCUGGCGUGUACUGCGAGGUGGAGGCGAGGGGAACGACGGCAGCCCCGGGCACGCCGGCCCUGCCACCUGCCCAGCGGGUCAGCAUCGCCCAGGUGGGCAGCACCUCCCUCAAAGUGGACCUGCACAGCUACAUCCAGUCCAAGGCGCAGCUGAAGGGAAUCCGCCUGAGCUACCGGAACCUGUCGGGGCCGGACAAGCGGGCGGUGAUGCUGCGCCUGCCAGCCUCGCUCUCCGAGUACACGGUGCGGGCGCUGAAACCCAACUGCACCUACCGCGUCUGCAUCGGGGCGCUGGGCGAGGCGCCCAAGGAGGAGCACUGCGCCGAGGCACACACCCUGCCCCUCAGCCUGCAGCAGCACUCCCCUGUCACCCAGAGCCAGGACCCCAACCUCGCCCUGAUCCUGGUCCCUGCGCUGGCUGCCAUGCUGCUGCUGCUGGUGGUGGUGACGGCCGCCAUGUACUACUGCCGGCACCGCCGCGCCAAGGCCCGUGCUGGUGCUGGGGUGGACACCGGCCCGCUGGAGCUGGAAGGGGUGAAAGCCUGCCUGGAAAACGGGGAUUUGAGCAGCCACGGCUGCAAGGUGCCAGAGGCGGCCAUGCUUUCUGGCGGCUCCGAGUGCGAGGUGCCGCUCAUGCAGUCGCACUACCCCAGCAACAACAACACCCCGGGGCUCAAACCCUCCUACUUCUGAACCCACAGGGCUUCCAGAGCCCUGGACACAGGAGGGCUGAGCUCCAGAGGCAGCACCUGGCCGUGUCCCUUUGGGAUACGGAUUGCCAAGGAGCUGACUGAACUGAGGCAGAACCCCCUCAUCCCACAGUGUGCAAUUUCCCAGAGGCUGCCAUGCUUCAGGAGGAGACACAAAUUUUACUGCUCUGUGCCUUGAUUUCUGUGACUCUACCUAGAAGGUGCGCAGCGGAAGAGAAGGGGGGGUUAAUUUGGGGGUUGAGGGGCUUUUUUAGCUCCUGCUAAAGAGAAAGCUGCUGUGACUGGGCUGAGGGACGCCCACGUGCUGGUAACAAGGGUCCUUCAGUGGAGCACGGCCCGUGACUCGACUCCCUGGAAGCUGAUGUGAGCAAUACGGCCCGGCCGAGGUGCUGGGACCCUCGGGACCCCCCGGGCCAAAGGAAGUGCCGAGCAGGCAAACCGGGAAUUGAAGCUUUAAGAACUCAGAGAGAAUAUUUAUACAUCGUUAUUUCCCAUUUCUUCUGGGAAAACUUUUUUUAGUACAGGUUUGUGUACAUCUCUUUUGUAAGGCAGAUCAGAAGAGGGUGUCUUUUUGUAAAAAAAAAAAAAAAAACCAAAAUGAUUAAAAUAACAACAACAAAAAGUUCUGUGCAGCCCUGAGUACCUCGGCAGGCACUGCCCGUCACAGGCAGGGGUGUGGGCAGUGUGGCGUGUCCCCUGCAGAGGAGCGGGAAGGUCGGCUGUGUCCUCCCGUUGUUGUUGGCGAGCACCGACAUGAGUCAGGGCAAGGGAGGGGGGAGUUUUCCCGACUCUGGGCGUUUUUACCCCUAGGGCGCUGCCCCCCACCUCGGGCGCUGAGGAGGUGUUCCCAAAACAGAGGCCACGGGGUUCAAAUCAGCCCCUGCCCUGCGCAUCAUCCAGCCUGACUUCAUCCCUCCCCGCCUGCCAGAUGGCUGCGGGGCCAGCUGCGGGACAAACAGCCCAGCCCAGCCUCCUGCCGUCACCCGCGGCGGCACCGGGACCCCCAAAUGGCCCGUGACAAGUGUCAGCCUGCGUGGCCCCCAGCCCGGGGGCGCCGCCAGAGCCCCCGCUGCCCGGC